GUGGCAGCACUGCUUAGUUUAGUGCAUUCGCUUGUCAAGUUUGUUUACGUUUGAUAAUUUACUGGAAAUUAUAAUAAAGAAUCAUAAGCAAAGAUGUCUUAUAUGUUACCGCAUUUACCAUAUACCAUUUCCUAGUCGCUUGUUUUUUGGGGAAAUUCAUAAAAAUAUUAAGCAAAUUCACAUCUCCGCUUCAACACACUGCUUUUAGCUGAUCUAUCUAUUUCAAUUAUGGCCGAUCCAGUGAGACUGAUAGGUGCAAAGAAGAAGCCAAAAUCCAGCAAAUUAUACGGCUGCCCGCAGUGCAGUUACAAAGCCAAUCGGGCUUACAACGUCCAAAGGCAUCAGGCCAAACAUUUCGAGAAACCUCCAAAGGAACUACAACAUAUGUGCCAGCAUGCUGGCUGCUCAUUUUCAACAUUGCGUUGGGACAAUCUAAACCGACACAUACAAAGAGUACAUGGAGUAACAAAGCCUAGAAACGAGAAUGCAGAAGAAUUGAAAAAGGAGGUAAUCAAAGUAAAGCCAUUACAUUUGGAGGAUCCAUCAUCAGCGGUGAUGGAUGAUGAGGAUUUAGCAUUAAUACAAAGUGAUGAGGAUCCAGCAUCAAUGCUAAGUGAUGAGGAGUCGGCGUCAUUGCUAAGUGAUGAGAUUCCAACUGUGUUUCCAGCUGAGGAUCCUUCCGAAACAAUCCCUACUAAAAACCAAACGGACGUACCAAAACUAAACAAGGUAUCCAAACAGAAAGACAAGAGAAUCGUUAAACCAAGAAAAAACUACAAAAGUGGUAAAAGCAAAUUUUAUGAAUGUGAAACGUGCAGUUACCGCACAAAUCGUGGCUAUAACAUUAAGAGACAUAUUGCCAAACAUGGAUCCACAGAAUUAGAGCUACAUGUGUGCGUAAUCUCUGGUUGCGGCUUCUCAACUCCACGUUGGGAUAAUCUAUGCAGACACGUUAAACGGGUUCAUUCAGAGACUGCCACACCUACAGGGGACUAUUGGUGACGCUGGGAAUUUAUAGUUUUCCUCUAUAGAUACAAGAUUUCAAGAUUGUUAAUAUCUGAAUAUUUGUAUAUUUUAAUUUACUAAAUUUUUAAAUAAACAUUCUAUUGUUUAUUAAAA